AUGAAAAGAAAGGCAGAAAUAAAAGUAGAAGUAAACAUAAAGAAGCAGAGGAAUUGCAGGCGUAAUCAUAGAGUGAACUGGGUAAGAGGAAAGCUGAUCGGAGGAAGAUAUGGGUCUGUUCAUCUUGCCACUUCCACGAAACCCAUAACACGGUUUUGUCGUAGGCCUGAAAUUAUGGUGGUGAAAUCGUCUAAUGGGGUGCCGUGUUUAAGGUCUGUCCAGCAUGAGGCAGAGGUGCUCAUCAAACUUAAGGGCUGCCCUUCUGUUAUUGAGUGCUAUGGUGGACAAUUCACCGCCGAUAAGAAUGUGCUAUGGUGGACAAUUCACGCCGAUGAGAAUGGUGAGAAGGUCUACAAUUUGUUCUUGGAAUAUGCCUCUGGCGGAAGCCUUGAUCAUCUGAUCAAGAAAUCCGACGGUUGUGGAUUGCCGGAAUCUGAGGUUAGGUGGUAUACCAAGUCAAUUCUUGAAGGGGUUAAGCACAUUCACCAGUGUGAUUAUGUUCACUGCGAUUUGACCCCAGAGAACAUUCUGCUUGUGCCUACCACCACAAGUUGUGGAAGUACUAGUUUGGUGGCAAAGAUAGCCGAUUUCGGAUUGGCUAAGAGAACAAAAGAAAAUGUCGGUGGAUCUGGAUGUAGAGGCUCUCCAAUGUAUCUGUCCCCAGAAGCUUUGCUUGACAAGUUGCAGGAUCAGCCCUCUGCAAUUUGGUCUGUUGGUUGCAUUGUGCUUGAGAUGCUCACCGGGAAGCCCCCAUGGGAUACGAGUUAUUGUUGGAAGCCUAGGGAUUUCCUGAACAAGCUGGUUGUUGACUCUCCCAAGAUUCCAGCUAAAAUCUCAAAGGAGGGGAGGGAUUUUCUAAAGAUCUGCCUGGCCUUCAAUCCCUGUAAAAGGUUAACUGCAGAAGAGCUCUUAUCUCAUCCGUUCGUUGCUCAGUCAAUACCACCAGAAGAAUAUAAUGGAGCUUCACAAUCUGAUACUGCAAGUGUAACUUUGAGUUCAAGCAGUGAAGAAGUGACUCUGCUUUGA